CCAAUUAAAUGGGUUACACAUUUCCUUAACCUGUUUUUCCUUACAUGGUUUUUGUCCAUCAUUCAGGAUGAGUUUAGAAGCGGAAAGAUUAAUUUAGACAAGACGUUGAAAUUACUUGUUAAGUUAAACAUCCCUUUUGAUUACGUUCAUGUAAAAUAUGUUUUUAAGAAAACAAGUAAUCAGCGGAAGACUGGAACUAUUACUAUCGAAGAAUUCAGGGCAAUUUAUCGAGCCCUUGCACACAGAAGUGAAAUACAUGAACUUUUCUGCAGUUAUUCUCCAAACCGCAAAAUUCUACCUGAAACAAACCUGAUUGAGUUUCUCAGAAAAGAACAAUUUGUAAUUGAUGCUGAUGAAGCAAUUGCCUCUGAACUCAUUGCAAAGUAUGAACCCAUUGAAGAAGUGCAGAGAAAAAAACAGAUGUCAUUUGAAGGAUUUUUAAGAUACAUGAACUCAAAAGACUGUUUGAUAUUUAAAAGAGACCACACAAUUGUUUACCAAAAUAUGAGCUACCCAUUACGUGAUUAUUUUAUUUCGUCUUCUCAUAACACCUACCUCAUAUCUGACCAACUAAUAGGGCCAAGUCACCUUUGGGGUUAUUCAAGUGCUCUGAUGAAAGGAUGUCGUUGUUUGGAAAUUGAUUGCUGGGAUGGACCGCAAAAUGAGCCUAUUGUGUAUCAUGGUCACACUUUAACAAGCAAAAUUACAUUUAGAACUGUCAUCGAGGUGAUAGAUAAGUAUGCGUUUGCGGUGUCUGACUAUCCUGUUGUACUGUCUUUGGAGAAUCACUGCAGCCCUAAGCAACAGGAAGUAAUGGCAGACUAUUUAGAAACUAUUCUAGGUGACAAACUUCUUACUACAAUAAUUGGUGAUACGUUUCCUACAGAUCUACCUUCCCCUGAGUUAUUAAAAUUCAAAAUAUUGAUAAAAAAUAAGAAAGUUGGAACACUCGAAGAAACUGUUCUCAGGAGAGGUCUUGAUAGCCAUGGUGAGAUAGGGGAAUUUUUAGAAGAGGUAGAGCAAUCUGAAGAUGAUGAAACUGAAGAAAGCACUCUCUUACCACCAAAAUCUCCUCAGAUAAAAAGAAGAAAUGCAAUUCGGAGAUCUCCACCACUCCCUCGAAAAAAGCCAAAGACUAAGAAGAUAAAACUGGCCAUGGAGCUCUCAGAACUUGUGAUUUAUACCAAAGCUGAAAAAUUUAAAAGCUUUGAGCAUUCAAGAGCUAAUCAGAAGUUCUAUGAAAUGAAUUCACUUGGAGAAGUUCGAGCACGAAAACUUGCCAAACAGACAGCUAAUGAAUUUGUUUUGCAUACUGCCAACUUUAUUACAAGAAUUUAUCCCAAAGGGACUAGAGCGACCUCUUCUAAUUAUAAUCCUCAAGAAUUCUGGAACGUAGGAUGUCAGAUGGUGGCCUUAAAUUUCCAGACACCUGGACUACAGAUGGAACUGCAAAAUGGAAAAUUUAUGGACAACGGUGGUUGUGGCUAUCUUCUGAAACCAGAAUUCAUGAGAGAUUCUACUACACAGUUUAAUCCAUAUAAUGUAACAGGAAACCAUAAUCCAAUAACUCUUUCAAUAAGGCUUAUUAGUGGUUAUCAGUUACCACCUAGUAACCUCUCCAGGACCAAUAAAGCUGAUCCUUUAGUCCAGAUAGAAAUUCAUGGUGUGCCAGAAGAUCAAGUAAAACAACAGACUUGUGUCAUAAAAAGCAAUGCUUUGUGCCCUAGGUGGAAUGAAACUUUUACUUUUAAUGUUCAAGUUCCAGAACUGGCAUUAGUACGCUUCGUUGUGGAAGAUCAGAUAUCGCUAGCUGCAAAUGAGUUCCUGGGCCAAUACACUUUACCACUGCUGUGCAUGAAUAAAGGUUAUCGUCAUGUUCCUCUGUUUUCCAAACUUGGUGACAGACUGGAUCCUGCAUCACUCUUUGUGUAUAUUUGGUACUAUUCAUGAUGACAUUAGCAGUACUCCUGAACUGGCGUAUUCCUCAAUAAAGCAACCAUCAUGUAGCUUGCAAA